AAUAUGUUUGUUUUUUGUAGCCGGAACGCCUAUGUUUUUGUGUUAAUACUAGGAUAUAAGAAUUAGAAUGUACGUCUGCAUGCCUUUGGUUUUGGUUACUACAAAUCGUUGGAAUUAUGUGAGAAAGUUGUGAACAUGAGCAUACAGAAAAUGCCUCCAAUUCAAAUAAGCUCAUCUGAUCCGUUAAUUCUCGGAAGCAAGCGACCAACUUUGACGCCAUCUUAUGAAGUAAUUGGUCAUAAAGAUGUUCACAUGCCAUCUGUGCAAUACAUACCAGUUGCCCCCACUGCUACUCCGGAAAUACCAAUUGAAUUUCCUAUAAGUGAAGAUGGAAUAAUACAAGGUGCUGCCGAUCCCUAUGGCAAUCUGAAGUAUGUGAUGGACAUAACAGAACAAAGUAGACUGGAAAAGAUGGGAAGUCAGACCAGUAUUGAAGUAGAUUCAAAUGACUUUAACUCUGACAGUGAAUGUGAAGAAGAAAGUAUAAAAGAAAUUGAUGAUAAACGACAGUUAAGGCGAGUUGGGACUUGUUUUGCUGUCAUACGGAAAGUCAGUAGUCGUCAUGAAAUUGGUGGAAGAAGAACCAGCAUACCAGGGGAAGUUGAAUGCGAUGACCUUAUGGAUGCUGUACCUGGCUGUGCCAAUACAAACCAUAGUAAUGCUAUUGAAAACAAUACUUUUAGCAACUUAUGGAGUUUUAAACUUUUACAUUCCUGUACCGGACGAUCCGAACGAUUUCUUGAGCAUUGUCAAAACAUUUCCAUGCAAAUGAGAAAGUUCAUUUCCAAGCUUCGAAAUGCGUUAUCACAUGAGCAUGAAUAUAUUGCCCAUUUGGAUUCCGUAAUGGAUCAGUAUUUAGGGCAAAGUGUAUUGAAUAAUACAUAUGGAUUAAACCACUUGGAAACGGAUUAUGAGAAUGAAGUAUUAAGAAACAUUAGCCCUCCAAAACUUGGUAAAGUGCAUAUAGAGCUCCAGGUACAUUUUAAAGCAUGGGAUGAUAUUAUGAAGAAGUGGCAAAGCCUAAGGCAAGGUGAUUCUGUGUACAUGGUGAAGCAACUGCUUGUUUUACAAAAGCGGGUGAAGACUUACCAAACUGAGAUGUUAGAACUAACCCAGAAGUUAAUUGAACAAAGAUUACGAAGCCUUACCAGUUGUGCGGUGGUUCGGGGCAAAAAAGAUGAAGCUGAGGCUGAAUGGAGUCAUGUGCUUGGUGCUGGAAGUUUGAAACGCUUCUGCAAACUAAUCGAGGCGUAUAAUAACAUCCUCAGACGUAAUUCUAAUGAGAAGAAGAGACCAUCUGAGGAUGUUAGAUCUUCUUCUCCUUUUUACAUUGAAAGCCUUCCUACCUCACUGUACUCAGAUGAUAAACAUUUCACAUUUUCAGACUGUCAACCAUGUGUUUCCGUUCCAUUUUCUGUAUCUCGCCUUCUUUCAAUCCUCUGCCAACCCGCUAAGGAGGAACUUGCAACAUCCAUGAUGAAGAUCAUAUCUCUGCUCCAGUCAUCUCGGAGCAACAGUGAGGAAGAAGAAGAUUUCUUGAGUGAACUAAACACUAACAUUGAAUGGGGCAAUGCAAAAGAUGUACAAAAAGAUGAAGAUGACAUCACCACCCAUGUAUCAGGAGUUCCGCUUCCCAGUGUACCCAAUGAUGCUGCUUCAUCAGAAACUUUUUUAUCUGUUCGUCAGCUGAUCUAUUCACAAGGAUCAUUCGUGAUCUCAUUCAUGAAAUGUUUGGCUGGUAAUACAAGCUUAUUAAGGGGGAGAAAGAAAACGAAAAGUCCAAGAUCGACAAGUUUUUCCCAGCUAUUCCCUGAGGACCUUGCAUCGAACAUGAGUUCAGAUGAUGAAGUAAGUAGUGUUGCUUCCUCAUCUUUCUUCAGUCAGAUGAGUGGAACUCCAACUUCUUCAAGAAUAAAGAAGACUGUCCUCUGGAGGGAUUCCUGGGAUCAAGAUGCGGUUCGAAGCUUCUCCAAGCUCUACAUCUCUUCCAUUGUCUCCAAGGGUCCGGGUUCCUCCAUGCAGCUACAGGUCGCAACAUCCGACUCUUCAAAGUCUGCUACUGUUCACAAAUGGAUGCGGGAAGAUAUACAAUCACAAAGAUUUCGAACAGGAAUGCAAACUCUUCAUCUUGAAUCUCUCCUUAGCAACCUCUCAAUCCUCGACCUAAUGAACGAAGAUGUCAUCGAAAGUUCUCAACUAUCAAUUCACACCUUUAUUAUUGAAAAAGCUUUAGGUGACUGGGACAGUUAUACAUGCCAAGCUCUUGCCAUUGGUGAAAUGGAUAAGUGCGGUUCAUUACCAGUGGAAGGCACUCAGCAAGCACUUACAAAGACUGGAUGGACCUAUGUGAAAACAAUCCACCCUUUGAUGUACAUUAUGGACAGAUUCCGUGACAAUGAAGUUGUGGCACAGAAUGCAUUACCAAGGUUAGAAUCCACACUUGAUGCAUUACACAGAUGGUGUUAUAUGAAGAUACAACAUUAUCUUGCCUCAUGGUCACUACGUCCAUUAAUGCAGGUUUCAUUAGGUGACCUCAGUCAAUUGACAGUUGUAGCUCUUCACUGCCUCCCACUGGUUGAAAAGUGUCACAACUUUGUUGAGAGUCGUAGAAUGGAAAAUCCAGCAACAUUACAUCUGGCUACAAAGCAUCUUAAAAACAUUGACGACAUUAUUACCAAUAUGCAGACUUUGAGUGGAGACUGCAUGCGAGCUUACCUCAAGAAGUCUGCUCAUCUUGCUGAAAGUAUUGUGGAAAAAGUUUUUCCUUCCAAUAAAGUUUGGCGUCAGAAGAACCUCACUGAUCAUUGUUCAGCCAGCACGUAUAUGGAACAUUGUGUUAAGUCAUUAGUUGUGCCGGUAUGUACAGCAGUAUCCGUGUUAGACCCAAGAUCACAACUAGCUUCUGUUCCACCCAUGGUGUCGGCUCUUGUGGAUUCAAUACUCAAGCAUAUAUUCAACAAGAAAAUAAUAUUCAGUGUUGAAGGUGCACUGCAACUGCGCAGAGACUUUGAACAUAUUUUGGAUGUUGCAUGCUCUGACACUUCCAAUCUUUGCCAAGAAGUCCGACGCUCCUUACCGUUCUGUAAAGCAAUGAAACGUGGCAUUCGAGUGUGCAAGCUUCUGCAACGCACUGAUGUUGUGCAAGAAACCAAAUUGGGCGCAAAAGGUUACCAAAUUAACCAGUGUCAAAAUAAUGGUCAAAGUCAUGUUUCUGAUGUGGGCGCAGAAUACGAAAAAGAUGAAAUAAGUUGGAUGCCUAAAGAAAAAGAAAUUCUUGCUCUCAGGCUUAUUUCUAAAAAUCGAAAAAAGAAAUGGUUUUCACUUCCUUGUUCUGAUAAUGCAAUGGAGUAAAUAUAUUCUAUGUUUCCCAUAUUUUAUACUAUUUUAAAAUUCCACAUUUGUGUGCUAUUUUUAUUACCUGUUUCGUAACUUUUUACCUCCAGCUUUGUAUUGUCGUUCUUUGCUUUUUUUAAAGAAUUCUUCAAAAUGUGUUGUAAUGACAGCAGUUAUAAUAACAACAGUGAAUUAAAGAUGUAAUAAGAACAACACAUGCUAUACAAUUGUACAUGAUUGAUAUUUUAAUUUCAAGAAAUCGCAAAACAGAUAAAAUGACAAUUAAAAGUAAAACCAACCUGCUAUCAUUUAAGCUUAGCCAACGAAUUUGCGCAGUUCUGACGUCACACUGUGGUUAUUAAUUGAAUCUAAUGCGUCAUAUUUAUCGCACGCGACGCAUAUGCAUCGUUUUGAUGAAUGUAGGUAUAUUAUUCCCUUUUGUUCACUUGUGCUAAAUUAAUGUAUAAUAUUACGUUGGUUAAAUAUUCAGUAUUGUUCUUGCAGUUUUCUCAUUGUUGUCACUUCAAAUACAACUGCGCAGU